AUGUUUGAUACAGGGCCAAGCCUCGAUUUCGGCGGACCCAUGCCCUUUGAGGAGGCCUUAGGUAGAUGUUGAAGCUGAGUCCCGACAAUCAAUUGCUAACAGUCACAGGCUUACAAGAGUUCCCGCCAGGUUACUCUUCGCCACUGACUGACAGUUCCAUCUUCGCUUCCCCAUGCAGUAAUACUCCGGAGGAAGCUAUGGUACUCUCAACCUUUGAUGAGAAUAUGCUUACACAAGUUGACAACUCAAUCGCGCAACAGGAAAAUGAAAUGUACGAGCUCGCGCGAAGUAUUGAGGACUCCAGCCUCAUUACUUCGUAUAAAGCGCACCCGAGCGAGUUUAUCACCACAGCCCCCCUGUCCCCCACCCGCGGUCCAGGUUCGAUGGUUUAG